GAAGAAGACGCGCGGAUGCCGGCGGGAAGAGGAGCGUCACGUGACAGCAGCGUCGUAGCCGCUAAGCUUCCGGUGGAGCUGCAAAUGCUGAGGAAGUUAAGCGCUUUCUUCUUAUUUAGCAGCGAUAAUAACGCUCUAGAAGGAUGCCAGGCAAAAUGUGUCACGGUUUCAAACCAGGAGACCUUGUGUUCGCCAAGAUGAAGGGUUUUCCUCACUGGCCUGCCAGGGUCUGUAAGUCAGAUGAUGCACACAAAAAGCGUGUUCCUGUCUUCUUUUUUGGGACUCAUCAGAUAGGUCACAUUCCCCAAGAAAAUAUAGUCCCGUUUUCUGGUAACAAGUUGAAGUAUGGCAGUGGCGUCCGCAUCAAAGGCUUCACUGAGGGGAUGUGGGAGAUUCAGAACACCCCAGGAGUCGGAAGUAAAUCAAAAAUUACAGCCAAGACGGUGUCAAAAACCACUCUUGCAAAAUCAACUGCUGCUUCUAAAACAACCUCUGCUGCCAGAAGUACACCUUCCAAACGUACCUUCACAAGUAGUUCUAGCACUAAAGCAACUUCAAGUGGUAGAACUUCACGUGCAAAUUUAAAUGUGGGUGCUAAGAGCACUGCUGUAAAACCAGUGUGUGAUGUUGAAACUUCACCUUUGGAAGCUACUUCCAAGAUUGAAAGUCUGCCUGCUGCUAGCACAGUGGAACUGAUGGCGUGCGCAGCAGAAUGUGUCCCAGCUCAAAUGAGUCUUUGUAUUAGCACUUCAAAGAGCCACCAAGAAGCCAGCUUGAGCAAAGCUGAAGAUGUUCCAAGAAGAUCUUCAUCCAGAUCAGCUGCACAAACACCAACCGAUGAUCUUCCCCAGAAGUCCUCUAGUCCAAAAGGUGGCGCUUCUGCAGAGGGGAGGAGACGAGGAAGGUCAAGAAAACCCCCUAAAGAGAAGAUUGCUGUGGAACAGGCUGCAGACAACCAGACAAGCGGUGUGCCUAUGACUGAAGAGCAUGACGCAAGCAUGGAGGACCUUAAGUGUAAGAAGAAGAGUCGCAGUUCUACUGGCCCUGCAACCAGACUCACAGGCACUGCAAGCGAGCCAGUGAGCACUUUAAUCAAAAGGGCAAAGGGGACUAAACGUCCAAGAAAAUCUUGGUCCCCUUCAACUGCACAAUUGCCAGCAGAAGUCCUUCACAUUCCCCAGAAAUCUUCCAAACCAAACGAUGGUGCUGCUGCAGAGGUGCGGAGACGAGGGCGAAGUAAAACCUUCGCCGUGAAGAAGAGCCAGAGCACUGAUGCACCACUCAUCUCUCAAAUCGACCCUUUGUGCAAAACACACAACCACAUAUCCCAGACUGCUACCACACUGACUCCUAGUAGCAUCUGCAUAGAUGCACAGGAGGAGACUGAGCCAGAGGAGAAAGAUAAGCAACUUGACAAGAUGCCAGUGGAGGAGCAGCUGAUGGACCUGAGGGAGAAGACACAGCCAGAGAAAGAGAAGCAGCAAAUGCAAGAGGCAGAGGAGUCAACGGGUACAAGGGGAGCUAACAGGAAGAAAACAAAGGAGCCGCUGGAAGAGGAAAAGAAGCAACUAGUUGAGAUGCCAGAGGAGAACCAGCAGCUCGAGGAGAAAUCAAAGAAGCUAAAUGAGGAGUCAAUAACGGAAAAAGAAGUUGAGCGGAGGAGAAAUGAGGACGAGGAGAUGGAGAAGAAGAAAGCAUUAGAGGAGGAAAAUAAGCAACAAGACAAGAUGCCAGAAGAGGAGCAGAAGGAGGUGGAGGAGAACACGCGACUUGGAGAGGAGAACCAGAAGAAGCUAGUGAAGGAGUCUCCAAUGAGCAGUUUAGUAAAAAGGUUGACGCAGGAGGAGGAAGAGGAGAAGCAACUAGACAAGAUGCCAGAUGUGGAGCAGAGGGAGACGCAGGAGAAGAUGCGAAUAGGAGAGGAGAAACAAAAUGAAUUGGAAGAAGAGUUACCAAUGAGCAGUGUAGUAAAGGGGUUGACACAGGAGGAGGAGCAACCCAACAAGAUGUCAGAUGAGGAGCAGAGGGAGACGCAGGAGAAGAUGCGAAGAGGAGAGAAGAAACAAAAGGAGCUGGAGGAAGAGUCACCAAUGAGCAGUUUAGUAAAGAGCAAUACUCAAGAAGAAGAGGAGGAGAAGAAAAAGCAACCAGGCAAAAUACCAGGGGAGGAGCAGGAGAAGUUGCGGCAAGGAGAGGAGAACCAGAAAGAGCUGGAGGAGAAGUCAUCAAUGAGCAGAAAAAUAAAGAAGAAAAUAGAGGAGCAGCAGAAAGACCUGAUAGAGAAGAUACAGCCGGGGGAGGAGAAGCAGCUGCUGGAAAAUGCUGAAGAGUCAACAGGGAAAAGAGGAGCUAAAAGAAAGAGAAAAAAAGAGGAGAUGGAGUCGGGAGAAGAGAAGAUACCUCAAGGAGAGGCGAACCGGCGACUCGAGGAGAAGAUGGUGCCUGAAGAGAAGUCAAUAACAAGAAGAGGAGCUGAGAGAAAGAAAAAUGAGGAUAAGGAGACUGAGAAGAAAAAAACGUCGGAAGGGGAAAAGAAGCAACCAGACAAGAUGCCAGAGAAGACGCGACGACGAGAGGAGAAGCAAAAUACGCUGGAGGAGGAGUCAGCAAUGAGCAAGGGAGUAAAAAAGAGGACAGAUGAGAAACAGAAGAACCAACUAGAGGAGAAACAUAAAGACCUAGAGACAAAGUCAACGACAAGUAAAGGAGUUCAGAGGAAGAGAAAAGAGGAGGAAAGAAAGCAAGGAGAGGAGGAACAGAAGAAACGAGGAGAGGAGUCAACAGUAAGCAGAGGGGCUGAGGGAAAGAGAAAGGACAAAACGAAGGACCCACAAGAGCCAAAGAAGCAAGUAGAGGAGGAGCAGAUGGUGCUGGCAGAGGAUUCAACGAGAAGACGAGUUGAGAGGAAGAGAAAAGAGGAGAUCCAGCAGGAAGGAAGUGUUGUAGCAAAGGCAGAGGAGGCGAUAACCGCUGAGAAGAAAAGCAGGAGGAAAAGUGAGGAGGGUGGCAGCAAGAAAAGGAGGAAAGAACAGGAGGCAGCAGAAGAGAGAAAAAAGAGGAGGAAGGAAAAGGCAACAGAGGACAGGAGAGAAGCCAGAAGGAAGUCAAGGAAAGAUAAGGACACAAGAGAAAGAGGAAGGACAACUGAGGCGGAGAAAGAUGGAGCAAAGAAAGGGCAUGUGGAUGAGGAGCGACAGCAGCGUCUGGCUGCCAAGAGGGAGAGCUUGCUUAAAUCUUUGCGAGGUCUGAUGAAGGAAAGCUCCCCCAAGAGCAUCACGAAGUCCACCAACAGAUCCAAGACAACAGCCAGAAGUCACAAGAUGCUCAAAGAGUCCAGCGUGAGGAAGAAAGGUUUCAAAGUCCGAGGAAGCCAACUACUUGUGAAGGAAGCAAAGAAAAACCAAGACGCAACACAGUCAAAGAAGUCGGCCGGCCAAAGCGAUGACAGCAAAGUUAAAGAAAAGACACAGGCAGACGAGAAGAAGUUGAUUGGAAAAAUUGUGAAAGCAACGACAAAGGUUCAAGUAAAGACGAUGUUGGGUGGAGCUACGCUGCAAGAGGAACAGAGGAAGAAGACGUUGAAGGCCGACGACACCAAGCUGCAAAGAAGCUCAAAGGAGGCCAGGAAACCUGAGCGACUAACGACAAAUGACAAGAGUGCAAGGAACGGCGGCGGCGACCAGGAAGGGAAGAGCAAACUGCGUGAUGAUGCGAAGGACAACGUGGAAGAAAGGAAAAAGGGGGACAAGAUGGCCACCAGUGAAAAGGAUGGCAAUGCAGCAUCAAAACUUGCCAAGCAGCACAGUGGCGGGAGAAGUCAUAAACAAACCACACACGCCACCAUGCAGAGUGGCGUGUCCAGCGGGGAUGCGGCAGAGGAUAGUCAGCAGCAGAAGAACAACUCCAACUUGACGCUAAUUGAUUCAACUCUGCACAGAAUCCAUGGAGACAUACGUAUUUCUCUCAAGGGUGACAAUCCAGACGUCAGCAAGUGUCUGGCAGCAUUGGAUCAGCUCAGUGGCAUCUAUGUGACAUCUCAACACGUCCAGAGACACAGCGAGCUAGUGUCCACUCUGAGGAAGAUGCGCUUCUACCGCGCCAACCAGGACAUCAUGGACAAGGCAGCUAUGCUGUACAACCGCUUUAAAAAUGCGUUCCUCCUUGGCGAGGACCAGGAGGUGGUCAGCGCCGCUUUCCUGCGCUCGCUGCUGGAGGAAAAAGAGCGUGAGAAGGCAGUGUGCUGUGAUGAGGGGGCUGGGCUUGAACAGAAGCAGGUGGGGGGUGAGGAAGAGGAGGUCCAGAAAAAGGAGACACUUUCAGUGGACUGAACCAACAAUCGUCUUUUCCUCUUUGACUGACACCUCAGCUCAGGGACCGACAUCUUUUCGUAGUUUUGUACAGUGAGAUUUUAUUCUUGAUUUUACUUGAAUGUUUUUAUUCGUUUUUUUUUUUUUGUUUUUUUUCUUAUAAUAGACAUGGGUUGUGAUAACUGAUGACUGCGUGUCACUGUUUCCUUCCACAGAACUAAGUCAGUCUUCAGCAAAUAAAUAAAAUGCUUUGAUGGACACCUGA